UGUGUGGUCGGGGAGGCAGUACCUCGGCCGUUCGCAGUCAUGGCUGUCGACUUCACAGCCACGUACAAGGUGUUGGUUAUCGGCGAUGUGAACGUAGGAAAGACGUGCCUAGUCCAUAGGUUUUGCGACGAGAGGUAUUAUGACACGUACAUCUCCACAGUCGGAAUCGACUUCAAGCAAAAAAUAGUCAACCUGGACGGCGUACCUAUCAAGUUACAAAUAUGGGACACGGCGGGGGAGGAGCGGUUCAGGACCCUGACGACCGCUUACUACCGCGGGGCCCAAGGCAUCGUUCUCGUCUAUGACGUCACCAACCUCGACUCCUUCAACCACCUCUCUUACUGGUUAAGAAACAUUGAAGAGAAUGCCUCGCCGGAGGUGGUGAAGGUGCUGGCGGGAAAUAAAUGCGAAGUGAGCAACCAGCAGCGAGCCGUCGACAAGGAGAGAGGACAGAAGCUGGCGGAGAGCUUCGAUAUGCCGUUCUUUGAAGUGUCUUGUCGAGGAGACGUGAUGGUUCAGGACUCCUUCCUCACGCUGGCGAGGCUUAUACGAGACCUCCGACAGAGACGUGCAAGCCUGUUUGAGGAGCGGGAGCGGCAGAAUGAAGGAGUUAAACUGGAGGCAGAUCAGAAGGGCGAGAAUGGGGCCUCGAGCUGCGCGUCGUGUUGAGGCUGCGGCUUGUCAGCGUCUUGUCGGAUGCCUCCAUACUCUACCUGUGUGUCCUGCGCAUACAUGCGUGUGUGUGUGUGUGUGUGUGUGUGUGUGUGUGUCUGUCCUGCUCAUGCAUGCGUGUAUGUGUGUGUG